ACCUACCAGGAUUUAUCAGGACAGGCAGAGUGUAUGAAAUGUCCAGCAGGAUUUUACUGCGCUGGCUCAGUGGAUGCUGACACUGGGCAUGUGUCUGGGACUCACACUCCCAUGCUGUGUCCUAAAGGACACUACUGCCCACCAGGAACACAGUCUGGUGUUGCAUUCCCAUGCCCAGCUGGUGCCUUCAGCAGGCAGAUGGGGUUGUCCAAUAAGUCGGGCUGUGAGCUCUGUCCUCCGGGGAGAUACUGCAGUUCCUCUGGACUGGCUGCUCCCACUGGGGUCUGCUCUCCUGGUUACCUCUGUAUCCAUGGUUCUGUUUCUGCCCAGCCAGAGGAGGGCCCAACAGGAGGCCGCUGCUCUGCAGGGUCCUACUGCCCCCAGGGUAUCACCUAUAUGGCUCCCUGCCCUGCAGGCACCUUCAGCUCGAUAGAUGGGGCAGUUUCUAUAGAAGCCUGUCGGCCCUGUUUGCCUGGCCAUUACUGCGCGGAGGUGGGUCUCUCUUCCCCAUCUGGGCCCUGCAACCCUGGCUACUACUGCAGAGAAGGAUCCAGAACAGCCACACCUUGGGGUAAUAUGACAGUUACAGGAGAUACCACGUCUCCAUCCCCACUUCCUGGCAGUUCAAACCUGGGUCAGUUCCAUGGUGAUGUGUGUCCUGCAGGUCACUAUUGUCCUAGAGGGAGUGCAAAGCCAAGCCCCUGUCCUCCAGGCACUUUCCUGGGGAAGUCUGCAGCUGAGUCUGAGGCUGACUGUGAAUCUUGUUACCCGGGUUCUUACUGCCCCUCAUGGGCUCAGAUCUCUGCUGACCUCCUCUGCCCCCCGGGGUGGUUCUGUCCACCAGGAUCAAGUUCUGGACAUCAGCCAGGAUGUCAGUGCCCACCUGGACAUGCGUGCCCACAUGGUAGUGCUGAACCAGCCAUCUGUAGCCCUGGCACUUUUCAGUCUUCAUCUGGACAGUCAACUUGUGACAGCUGCCCACCAGGUUUCUACUGUAUGGAGGGUUCAUCUGUGCCGUUUCCGUGUCCGAUGGGCAGUGUCAGUCCAUCAGCUGGCAGGACGUCCCUCAGUGACUGUUCCUCCUGCCCUCCUGGCUCCUUCUGUAACAGCAGCGCUCUGACAGAGCCAUCUGGACCCUGCAGCCAAGGACAUUUUUGUUCUCUGGGGUCCACCGAGUCUUCUCCUGUCUCCCAGCCUUAUGGAGAUGUUUGUCCCAAAGGACACUACUGUCCUCAGGGCAGUGGGUCACCAAAACCCUGUCCAGUUGGCAGCUUUCUCCCAGAGCCUGGAGCUUCCUCCCCCUCUCACUGCCACCCUUGCCCCCUAGGGAAAUACUGCCUCAGACCUGGAGCCUCGCAGCCCACAGGUCUGUGUUUUCCAGGUUUCUUCUGUUCUGGAGGUGCAGAUAGUCCCACACCUCGAGCCAACUUCUCUUUGUUCAGCUGUCUUCAGGAAAUACUGGAAGUUUAUACCAUGAAGACAGACACUGCCUUCUGGAUGCACAAUCUGUCCUGCUUCAAUAACUCCAGUAAUUCUGGCCAGGACAUCAGUUUCUUCAAACUGCUCAAGCACAGUACAGAGCCUUAUGUGUCGUGA